GCAUAGUUACGAGUGUGUGUCGAAGGCUCGUCUGCUCCAGACAUCAGUAUCACACCGUGGAGAACGCUUUUCCUGCAAUGGACGGCAUGGCCAGUGAUGUUGCAGUUGGUGUGAAGAGAACCUCAGAUGAAUUGCUGUCUGGCGGUCUCUACAGCAGUCUAAAUUCUUCAGUCACUGCUAAUGGAAGUGACAGUAAAAAACUAAGGGUGGAGGACAGCAUGGAGAGCCCACCAUCCAGAGUCAUUCAUAUUCGGAAGCUCCCAAAUGAGGUUUCUGAGACUGAAGUCAUCGCCUUGGGUUUGCCCUUUGGAAAGGUCACUAAUAUCCUGAUGCUUAAAGGCAAAAAUCAGGCAUUUUUGGAGCUUGGAACAGAGGAAGCAGCUGUUACCAUGGUGAAUUACUACACAGCUGUUACACCUCAAGUGCGUAAUGUCCCAGUGUUUAUUCAGUACUCCAACCACAAAGAGCUUAAGACUGACAGUGCCCUCAACCAGCGAGCUCAGGCUGUGCUGCAGGCGGUAUCAGCGGUUCAGGAGGGUGGCUCUCCAAGCUCGGACACGGCAGGCGAGAAUUUGUUAGCGCCUGCACCCAGCCCAGUGCUGCGAAUAAUCAUCGACAAUAUGUUCUACCCAGUCACCCUGGACGUCCUCCAGCAGAUCUUCUCCAAGUUUGGGACCGUCAUGAAGAUAAUCACAUUUACCAAAAAUAAUCAGUUCCAGGCUCUUCUGCAGUUCAGUGAUCCAGUCAAUGCCCAGCAGGCCAAACUGUCCUUGGAUGGCCAGAACAUAUACAAUUCCUGCUGCACUUUGCGCAUCGACUUCUCCAAGCUGGUCAACCUGAAUGUAAAAUACAACAACGACAAAAGCCGGGAUUAUACUCGGCCCGAGCUGCCUGCAGGAGACGGCCAGCCACCAGUAGACCCAUCUGUGGCUGCUGCUCUGAACAAAGACUCCACCUCCCUACUUGGUACUCCCUCUGGAAUGGUAACUUCCUACUCUAGUGGUGGAGGGUUUCCAUCUUCUCUAGGGGCCAUCAGCCCUCUGAGUGCAGCGGCCGCAGCGGCAGCAGCAGCAGGGAGGGUGGCGUUGUCAGGACAUUCAGGACCGGGUGGAGUGCUCCUGGUCAGCAAUCUCAACGACGAGAUGGUUACGCCCCAAAGUCUGUUUACCCUCUUCGGUGUCUAUGGUGAUGUGCAGCGCGUGAAGAUCCUUUACAAUAAGAAGGACAGUGCUCUUAUCCAGAUGUCUGAUGGAAACCAAGCACAGUUGGCUAUGAGCCAUCUGAAUGGGCAGAAGAUGUAUGGAAAGAUCAUUCGUGUGACCGUCUCUAAGCACCAGACAGUACAGCUGCCCAGAGAGGGGUUAGAUGAUCAGGGCCUGACCAAAGACUUCACGAGUUCCCCUCUGCAUCGCUUCAAGAAGCCUGGAUCUAAGAACUUCCAGAACAUCUUCCCCCCUUCGGCUACACUCCAUCUCUCAAACAUCCCUGAAAAUGUGACAGAGGAGGAUAUUCGACUGCUCUUUUCAAACUCCGGUGGAACAGUGAAAGCAUUCAAGUUUUUCCAAGAUCGCAAAAUGUCUCUGCUGCAGAUGUCCACAGUGGAGGAGGCAAUUCAGGCACUCAUCGACCUUCACAACUAUGACAUGGGCCGUGGCCAUCGCCUGAGAGUGUCCUUCUCAAAGUCCACCAUCUGAGAAUCUCCUGGUGCUCUGUCAUGUUCCUCUCUCCCCCAAGAGCCUCAAGUCUAAUUUUUAUCAGUCAUUCCUUAACACCAUAUCAAAAACUUCAGUGAGAAUGGCCCUUGAGCAGAGCACUCACUCUGUAUCUGCUCCUACUUUUGGUUGUGUUUGGCCAGUUGUUACUCUUAAAAAGGAAGUAUAUUUUCAUUAUAGGAUGGAUUGACAAAAAUGUGCCUUACUUAGCAAAAUAGCGUCAUCUUUUUGCUCCCAUUGCUGCAGAUAAUAGAAGUUUAGGCACAUUAUGUGUGAUGAAAUAGAAAAUGUAACAAUCCUGCUCUGUUUUUAAAACGUAUUUAGCUCUUGCCCAAUAUCCUCACAUCAGGUCAUUUCUUGAAAUCCGUUCAACCUUUGAGAGCUAAUUAGCUUGCUUUGCUUCAAUCAAGACAAAAGCUCAAUUAUUUAUAAUGUAUUAAAUUGUAUUAAGUAUAAUUGACAGAAUUUGAUGUAAUAUACUCAAAGCUGUACAUUUUACUGUACAUUUUUUUCUUUUAUUUGGAGCUGUAGUACAUUUUUGAUCUGGCACACAAGGUACUUUUGUGAUCGAAACCUGUGGUAAAAAAAAACUAAACAAAUGACAGAGGGGAGCAUAGUUUGUAAAGUGUAGUACCUGCUUUGAUAUUAUUCACUCACCUUUGCUUCAGUGAACCGUUUAACCCCCUUUUUAAAUCAUGGAGCAUGUGCUGAUGGAUCUUGGCAGUUGCAUGUGUCAGACUGACCGUGUUUGACGUAUUGAUGUCACAUUAUUGUAGGGACUGUUGGGACCAAAGUAAAUGUGCCUUUAGUCUUACUUUAUUCUGCAUUGUACAAAACUCUUUUAUUCAACCUCUGAAAUAUUUUCAUUGAGGGGGAGAAAAUCAUACUUUACAACUGACAUCACUCAGAUAAAUGACCCUUAAUUGUCCUUGAUUGUUGUUGUUUAAGGGGAAUCAAUCUCUGAUGACCUCAAAUGGUGUAUAAUUUAUUUGAAAAACUACAUAUUUGUGGUGUAGGCCUGGGAAACCGAGGGGGGAUGGUAUUCUGUACAUUUUCUACAUUAAUUGAGUUUUUACAUAUUUGGAAAUGUAAAGUUCAGUAUAGAAGUGGCACAAUUAAAAGUUCAUUUUUCUACCAAGCUUGUGCUUAACAGUCCCUGUGUGGUUUUACCUUGUAGCAUGCUGAAUAAACUCUU